GUCAAGUCAAGUUGGCAACGUUGCUUUUAGUGUCAAUAAUAAAUACAAACUAAAAUUGCUUCCGUGGCGGCUCCAGAAAAACAAUAUAAUUGGACUUCGCAAACUUCUUUCCAACCUGUGGUGCGGCCUCAACAUUCCAAUUUUAUCAUGAAGGUAGAUGAAAGUGAAGCCUAUCAGAGCAUCAAAACUUCAAUUGAAGCCCACCGAACAGAUGUUUUGAAAGCAGUAAUCGACACAGUAAAAAAAGAAUGGGAGGAGAAAGAUUUCUUUAAAUUUUUAAACAACUCAAGAGAAGAAGGGUCAUUUCUGCAUUUGGUUACCAAGAACAAUCAAGCAGAUAUGGUUAGACUUUUACUGAGUUAUGGAGCAGAUCCUACAGUUGUCAAUGGAAAGGGAGAAAAUGCUUUAGCUGUCACCUCCAACAAGCACACAAAGUCUGCGUACAAAGAUGCAUUGUUUGCAUCUAUUGCCAGCCAUGAUAUGCGAAUGACAGAAAAGCUAUACAUGGCAGCUACAGAAACAGAUAUAAGGGACAAUUUGGAAAAACUUAACACUCCGUUACAUUGGGCAGUUUCAUUUCUUAAUAAAGAAGCAAUACACUUUCUAACAGAACAAGGAGCUAUACUGGACAGUAUAAAUGCAAAAGGAAUGACUCCAUUGCACGAAGCUGUUCAAGCAGGGAACUAUGAUAUUGUUAAUCUACUCAUAAAAAUGGGCGCAGAUGUUAACUGUCUUGUUCAAGGGAAUAGCAAUUUGAAAGGCAUGUCAGCCAUAGAUUUGGCCAUUCCUGGUUCAGAGAUGAUGAACCUUCUUAUGCGUUACCGUAAUGCUAACGACGGGUUAGGCCCACCUAGAGAACUAGUAGAGAUGAAUGGCAAUGUCAACGGUAAUGCUCAACACAGAGAUGGUCGAAUGGGGCCUGCUUCACCCGACGGAGCUGAAAGUGCACUUAGUGUCGAGGAGAUCACGACUUCUUUGCCAUUUAUACGUGCACCGAUACGUCCAGUAAUCACAGACGCCCGUUUACAUUGGCUAUGGCCUCCACCGAAGCAAAUUCAACAACUGGAAGGACUACCGUUCUUAAUUCAUCAGCCAUGGAGCAUAUCAUUCGUCUCUUGCUCUAUUCCAUUACAUGACAUACUGGAUAUCUGGGAUGCGCACAAGGCCCCGCUUUCUUUGCUAGGAAUAAAUCCUAUUAUCGGCAACGUGAAGCCCAAUAACACAACCACGACGGAUGACAACGACAGCAGAUUAACCUGCUGUAUCAAAGCGCAACUCUUUCCUGGCCCUGAAAGUUACCGAUUAACUAUAUCAUCUUCUAAAAUAGCCAUAAUCGCCGCCGAUCGGCAAGGACUACAUUAUGCCUUGAGUAGUCUCGAGCAGCUUAUAGUAUUAUGUCUUGACGAUGGUCAUUUACCACCACUGCACAUCGAGGAUAGUCCUUCCCUACGAAUGCGUGCCGUUGUGCUUGACGUGAGUUCUGCUGGUCGUGUCCCACUUCUCGAUUCUCUGUUUUCCAUGAUUGAUAUCUGGCGCUCCUUGAAACUCAAUCAAGUUCACCUCUACAGCCGAGUUAAUAGCUCAGCAGGGUUUCAAUGGCCAUGGCCCUAUAGUAAAAUUGAGGUGAUAAGUCUGGAUCGCUAUUGCAUGGACCGAGGGAUGGAACUUGUACCGGCGCUUGAUGUAGAUGGUGAUUUUAAAGAACAACACUUACUACAAGAUUUGGUGACCACAUCUCAGUGGUGUUUCCCAUCCACCAAACUUUUUCACGCCGGCCCCGGCUUGACAACUCUACUUGCUGAAGCCAAUUAUGAACUAUUGAAUGGAAAUGCGUCAGAUAGAACAUGGCUUUUGUGUGCCAAUAGCUUGAGGGAGAAGAAAAUACUGCCAAACUUGAACUUCGGGCAUAUUCUGGUUGAGUAUGGAUUUCAGGCAGACUACAAUUUCCACGAAAAAACUCAAUCGGCGUGGGAAAGUUCGGCUGCUUUGUGCUUCUGCGCUGGAACUGCCUCUUGGGACAGUUUAAUAGGAUACCCCGAAGCUGCCUCAGCCAACAUUCUUCAUGCUGUGCAAGCUGCUGUGGAAAGAGGAUCGUUAGGAUCAUUUGUAGCUACAUGGACUGAUUCGGUGGCUUUAGGAUCGCUACAUUUUGCCUGGCCGGGAUGGAUUUUGCAGGCUGGAUUAGCCUGGAAUCAUUCCGUUCAUUGGGAUUUUAUUCAAAAUUCACUGGGUGAGCUCGUUUCGCUUUGGGUGUUGAACGAAUCAUUCGACAAGCGUUCUUCAGUGGGUGUAGCCAUCGUUGAGAUGGGCCGGCUGGAAACUUGGCUUCUUCGUCACGCUCGCGGAGAGCUUGACCUUCAUAAUGCAUUCGAUGCUACUACGAUUCCACCCUCUCUGCCCCCAAGCGAAGGGUCUAUUCAUUACCGCUUAAUUUUAGAUCCCGAUAGUGUUAACGUAGACAACCUCAAUAUGGAAUGUGUCGUGCGAACCAUCCGGCAUUCGAAAAAAUGGCAUAAACUAUUAACUGAAGCAACCAUGACAGAAAGCCGUAAUUAUUUCAUGAAAACAGUUGCGCUUCAAGCUCUCCUAUCUGCAGAUUUCCUCCUCCUGGCCUGUCGCAUUUUGAGGGGAAUUCUUACAACUGGGAGCAAUCCAAAUAGCAAUAUGGGAGUAGCCGCAAUCAACCUAGGUGUAGUGAACUUAACGCCAACUUUACGAACAGACGCUGCCAACAGACUGCUCAGCCUAACCGAGCGUUUCCAGCAGUUGUGGAUGCAACAAUAUCAAAAUCCCUCGAAUGGACUGAAUAAUAUAAUAGGAGCCCUGAAUGCAUCGAUUCAACGGCUUUUGGCUAAUGUCGACACAUCCGAUUUGUAGGCGUCGAUUGGUUUGAGUCGUUUUGUUGAUUUGGCUUUUGCGUAGAAAGUCGAUGGGUCAGCCAUGAUGCGCUGGUGAUUUGGAUAUGGGUCAGCGAUGAUGCGCUGUCAAUUCGGAUACAAUUUGUAAGCAACAACACAAAAGAAGGCAAAAAGGUUUAAACAUUCCUUCAACCUGUUUUCGGCACAUUCUGUCCUGGGAUUUGUUUCGAGCGGAACAGUAUUAUAUUGUCAAACAUUAAUCUUGCUUUUUAUGCAUGAGAUAUCUUUUUAGCAAUCCAUGUUAUUUGUUACAAACAUAGCCAGCAGAAAAAUAUUAUGGACACGGUUAACUUAA